CGCUGCGGCCAAUACCAACCACCAGACGUGACUAAAUAUCCUUCUCUCCAACUUCCCUCCUGUGAGCCACACGGCAGCAGCCUCCUCUUCUUCCACUGCCUCUCUCUCUUCUCUUCCUCAGCGCAAAGACCAAAUGGCGGCCAUGGCUUCCAGUUCUUUCUCCUGUCGCAGGGUGCGGGGUGGCUUCGUUCAUCGGAUAAUGUGCAGAAAGAAGGAGAGGGACAGGGAUCAUCACCACCCUUUCGAGGUAGUCGAGAUCACGCCGCCGCCGAGGAGCCUCGGCGUCCGCUGCUUUCCCUCGAACAUACACUGCGGAGAGAGUGUGACAAUAGAAGGCCAGACAUACACAGUUUCUGCUGUGACUCACAGGUACCAGCUGCGCAAAGGAAAAUAUGAACCAAGGGAGAAGAGGCUUGAUGUGCAGUCAACCAGCAGAUACAUUUUGAACUUGUACUUGGAGAACCUGCUUGAGCAAUCUUGAUGUCCAAUGGAAACAAGGGUGAUCCAGUAAAGAAACGACAGAAGCUGUGUAGAAGUCCAUGAUGAGUGACCACAAAUGUAAACCCAUCUUGAUUUGAUUCACCAAAAAAUUGUAUGAUAGUUUCCUUUAAUUGGAUGUAGAGUGGAACAUGUGAACAUGUAGAUUCAGACAGAUUUCA